GCGCUUUAAUUUGCAUACCGGCUACACAAUGCAUAAUGGUCGUUCUACCUGCCUUCACGUGAAAGUGCGUCACGUUUCGAGCCAAAUUUUACACAAUUUUGAGGACAAAUCAGUUUUCUAAUCGAUCAGUCUUGCUACAGAAGAGCGCUUCGAAAUCAUAAAGAAACGUUCCGGACGUUGAGAGUGACUGCUGUCUUGCGUAUGGUUCCUUGACUGCAACAAUACGGCAAACAUGGCACAUUUUGGGCCCACAGCCCGAAAGGACCCCCCAUGGACACAGCUGGGUGCAGCCGGCAUGGGUCAUGCAGUUAUGUCUGCUCAAGGACCGGCGUUAAUCAGUAACCCGCAGGCAGCAGCCCCAGCCAGCGUUUACGGCCAGAUCGGUGGGCCAGGGGUGCCCCAGAGCAUAUCCCAGGCCAGCGCUUAUCAAAUACAGCAACAGCAACAGCAGCAACAACAACAGCAACAACAGCAGCAGCAGCAGCUGCUGGCCCAACAGCAGCAGAUUCAAGUCAACCAGAUGAAUGCACUUCAAUCGAACAUCGCCGCGCCCACCCUCGCCCAGACCUCCCAAGGCGCAGUGGGCGUGUCGGCCACCCAACUGACGGUGAGUUACCCGGCCCCCCGGUCCACCCAGGCACCCCAACCCAAGCAGCGCGUCUUCACCGGAACGGUCACCAAAAUGCACGACACGUUUGGCUUUGUGGAUGAGGACGUGUUCUUCCAGACGACUUCAGUGAAAGGCCCGAUGCCCAAAGUAAUGGAAAGAGUGUUAGUUGAAGCAACCUACAAUCCCAACAUGCCCUUCAAGUGGAACGCUACCAGGAUACAAGUAUUGCCAAGUCAGCAACAGCAGAGCGUUCCUCUCUUGAAGGCCCCGCCAGGCCAAGGCUUGAUGGGUCAGGCACCCCCGACAGUCAUGGGAAUGCAAGGCCAGGUCAGUUUGGCCCAACAUGCGCAGGGAAUGGCCCCUGUGAUAGCGCCCUCUGGACCUGGUGGACCAGGCUUACUAGCCCAUCCCCAAGGCCCACCCCUCCAAGUCCAGCGUCGCCCGGAUCCAGUCCGCGCCGACCCACUGCGCUCAUCCUACGACCAACGCGAGAGAGAACGCGAAGUGCGCAGGCGGGAGCGGGAGCAAGAACGAGAACGCGAACGGGAACGCGAACGGGAGCGCGAACGUGAACGGGAUCGGGAACGCGAACGGGAACGAGAACGGGAGAGAGAUCGGGAACGCGAGAGGAGACGUCAGGAGCGGGAGAAGUCUCCCCCAGUGCAUCAUCGCUCGUACUCCCCACGGAGAUCCCCAAAGAGGAGUCGUCGCCCAGUCCCACGCUACGUGGUGCAGAUUGCUAAACAUUCGCUGGAUGUGUACCAAUCCAAUGUGAUAGAGCUGCGUAAGCGUUACAACAACAUGUACAUCCCCAGCGAUUUCUUCCGUUCCACCUUCACCUGGCAGGACGCUUUCCCUCUCUCAAGGCCCCUGGGCAUCGGCAACAGCUGCACCUUCCACGUCAUGAGCAAAGACGUCGAGGCCCUGGACAAGAACGACACAGUCCUGGAGCCUGCAGACGCAAGCUACAAAUACUCUGCAAAGGUAAUGCUCAUGGCAUCGUCCUCCCUGGAGGACUUGUACGAGCAGUGCUGCUCUCGGCCCCAGGACGCCAGCGACGUCCGGGAAAACUUCCAACACCCGACGCGUCUCAUCAACUUCCUGGUGGGACAGAAGGGCAAGAACGAGGCCAUGGCCAUUGGGGGUCCCUGGUCCCCGUCGCUAGACGGUCCCGAUCCCGUCAACGACAGCACCGUGCUGAUCAAGACGGCUAUUCGCACCACCAAGGCACUGACGGGAGUCGACCUGAGUGAAUGCUUACACUGGUACCGCUUUCUCGACCUCCAUUACCAUCGGCCCGAGCGCAUCUCCAAGGGUCAACUGGUCCCCGCCAGUGUUGAAACUGUGGUUAUUUUCGUUCCGGAUGUAUGGCAUCUUUUACCCACCAGGGCGGAGUACGAGGGGCUGGGAGCCCGCUACAAGAAACGGCUGGAGGAGAGACUAGCGUCGCAGGAGCGCCAGCCUCCGGGCAAAUCCUCCAGCACUGGAGGGGACGGGGCCGGCGACACACAGGCACUGAGACUAGAUGACGAGGAUGGUUCUGAGUCUUCAGUGAACAUGACCCCGACACAUUAUCGUCUGCUGGACCCUAAAACAAUGAAGGUGAAUGACUUGCGGCAUGAGCUGGAAUGCCGCGGUCUCAACUCCAAGGGACUGAAGUCACAGCUCAUUGCCCGCCUGACCAAGGCGGUCAAGAUGGAGGCGGAGAAGGAAGAAGAAGAGGGGGAGGGGGGCUCAGACGGCCCCCCGGGAAUCGAGAAAGACGAGACGUCAAGGGACAAAGACACCAAAGACGAUGAGGAGAUGGAGACGGAACAACAAAAGGAGGACAAGAGAAAGCUGAGCGACGAGAAGUUACGUCGCGAUCUGGAGCGUAAGACCACUCUGCCCGACAAUCCCGUGAUCUUAGUCCACCCGUCAGCGACCGCCAAGAGUGGCAAGUUUGACUGCAAUGUGGUCUGUCUCAGCGUUCUGUUGGACUACAGGAUUGAGGACAAUAAAGAACAUUCCUUUGAGGUUUCUCUGUUUGCCGAGCUCUUUAAUGAAAUGCUGCAGAGGGAUUUUGCAUUCAACAUCUACAAGGCUCUGUACCGAGCCCCUGAGAAGAAGGAUAAGGAGAAGGACAGAAAGGACAAGGAAGAGCCCAAAGCCAAAAAACGCAAGACGACCGACGAGAAAUCCGACAAGGAGCGAGACGACCGGAAAGACCGAGAAGCAGACAAGGACGAUGAGAAGAUGGAUGAAGAUGAUGAUGCAGGCGAUGAUGAUGAAGAGGACGGGAGAAGUGAUGCAGACGAAGAUGAAGACACUGACGACAGGAAGCGAUCAGACGACAGGAAGAGAGAUUCCAAGAAGAAGUCAAGACGUCCCAAGCUGGAGACAAUAGACCCUACCCUGCUCCUGUCCUGCGUCUACUUUGAUCAGAAUCACACCAACUAUCUUGCCGAUAGAGAUGUGGAGGAAAUCAUCCACAGCAUUGGCUUGCAUCUGUCCAGAUCACAGGUGCGUAAGAUCGUUCAGAAAGUCGUCUCGCGAGAUUCUAUGUCCAGAGAGAUCUUCAGCUAUCGCAAGCUGACAGACCGAUCCAAAGAUGACAGCGAGGGCAGCAAAACCGAUCAGCAGGUCAAUGGCCUGGCCACGGAUGCAGAGUUGGCCAAGGGCAACUACGAGCUUCUGAAGGUCGACACGUCCGCCAAGACAAAGUCGGAAGACGCCGAGUCGGAGACAGGGUUGAUCACGUUCCAGGGUAGCGUCAUCGACGUCCGCAAUCUCCUGCAGAAGGUGGAGAAAAGCGACCAGGAUCGUCUGACGGCCGAACGCAAGAUUGAGGAGAUGGAAUUCAUCGUUGAAAACCUUCGUUCCAACGCUACCUCGUCCGAGGCCAACGCCCGAGGCAUGGUGGCCAACCUGGAUGACAUACGCAAGCGCCUGUACACCACGGAGAAGCAGUUCAAGGCAUCUGAGAAGCAGGCCCAAGCUUACAAGGAGACCAUCGUCUCCUCCAAGAAGUCGCUGAGUAUGGUGGCUGCUAAGCUGGACGAGGCGCUGUCGGAAAAGAAACUGGAGACGGACAAGGACAAGAUCAAGACGGAGGUCAAGAAAGAAUCGGAAACAACCAAAGAGAAAGACUCCAAACCCGUCAAAGAGGAGAAAUGAUUGUCUUAGAGAUUGUUCUUGUGAUUAUUCUUUAAACUCCUCUUGUAAUGUUUUAAAGGAAGAAAGCUGUUUGAUUAAUAACUGUUAGAAUUUUUUUGUAAAAAUAACGUCAUGAGUUGCAAUUUGAAAAAAAAAAAAGUAAUUGCGAGAUUCGGAAGCCAAGUUGAGCGUCUCUACAAUUUGUGUGCUUGUAUUUGGUAUUUGGGUGGGGGGGGGGGGGAAAUUGAUUGAAGAAUAUCCGAAAUUAAGAGAGAUUUUCCGAAUAAAUUGUACUCACAGAAUGUGUUCGAAAUGCGAUGAAAGAUUUAAACUGCAACGCACAUUGAUGGUAUACAACAUUGAUUUAGCCAUCCUCGCAUAAUUCAUAUUGUAAAAACAAAAUCUGUAAAGUUUCAGGGGGAAGAAUAACGGGCUUUCUUUUUGUAUUGACAGCUUAAUAUACAUUGCGUGUUUGUUUUAGCAUGGAUUGCAUUUUGAUCAGGUGAAAAAAACAGCAUUGACCAAAAACUUUUCAUGUCGAUUUGUACAUGUUUAUAGUACACUUUGUAGUUUUCUUUGUAGUGUGUUGAUCAUCUUAACGUGGGCCUGUAUUAGGUUCAUUUAUUCCCCUCCGGUUCUAAAAAAAAUGUUUGAGAUGCAGUUUGUACACGUAGCCCCGGAUUUUGUAUGACUGCAAUACACUUUUCAUGGGAUAUAUUACAUGUGUUUUUGACACUGAGUCUCUAUAUGGAGUAUUUCGACUGGUUGCCGUUAGGGCUUUGUAUGUGUUGUCAGUGCAGGACGUUUUGGCAUACCAACGCAGGUAUGCACUGGUUCCCAGUCUGUGUACUUGAUCAUGUUAUGUAAGGCGGUAUACCAGUUAAUCUGUUAGCAGUGCUGGAUUUUCUCAGGCUGUGUUUGAAUUAUGUGGUACGGCUUUGCAAUUACACAUACACUAUGGAAGCGGCUACAGCCUCAUUCCAUAGAUAUGUGUGUUACCGUAAGCCGCAGCCAAGUAUUCAGACGCUGAGACUUAAAAGCCAGUGACCAAGAAAAUAUACUUACUAAAACACAAUACGUUAUGUAGAUAUUAAAAUUAUAUAGAGCACGGCAUGAGUUUAAAUCACGAAUGUACUCAAUGCAACCUCCCUGGAGCACACCUAUUCUCUACGAUGGACCAGUCCAGGCAGUGUCGACCAAUCAUCAGCCGUGGCUGAUCUAAUGCGUUGCAUAUUAACUAAUUCAUUUUUUUCCUUCAAAUUUCUAUAUGUAUGUAUUUAAAAAUUGUACAUGUAGUAUAGGAAUGGAAGUGGUGAAGCAUUAUGACAUUAAAAUUUCGACCAUUUUCUUGUUCCUUUAAUGCAAA